ACGCUUCUGGAAGCAACAUCCCGAAACGCCGCCGUUGCGCGCCACUCACUCCACAACGUUCUGAAACGCUAAAACCCAAAACCAGCAUCAGCGCACCGCCACAACUAACACCACCAUGUUGGCGGCUCUACGAUCUCGGUCAGUCUCUCUCUCGUCUUCUUUUUCCUCGUCGCUCCUUCAACAAUGGAAGCUAGGGCUUCCAGUUGAACUCUCCACGUUCGCCGGAAGAGGCCUCCUCGAUCUCCAAGAGGUCGAGAAGGUUCUCAGCGACGUGAAGGCCGACGACGUGAAGGUCAUACCGGCGGAUAAGCACUGCGAAUGGGCCGAUUUCAUGGUUCUUGCCACUGGAAGGUCCACGUGGCACGUCAAGAACAUUGCUCAGGCCCUAAUUUACAAGUCUAAGCAAAAGCAACAAGGAGCUGAGCGGUUAGUGCUUCCCAGCGUGGAAGGGCAAGAGGGAGGAAAGUGGAUUGUUAUUGACUCUGGCAAAGUGAUAGUUCAUGCUCUUGAUGAGAACGCUAGAGCUUAUUACAAUUUGGAGGCUCUUUGGACCUCGAAGAAGUCGGAAAAAGAAACAUUGGAGGAUUUGGACAAGGCUUUUGUGAAGAUUCGUCCCAAGAACAACUCCAAGAGGAAACCGACAACGAAACGGGCAUAAUCAUCAAAUUUCAUAUGUAUGAGAACCCUUGCCAUUUUAUCUUUAACAUCAUCAAGCUCCAUGCUUGUUCUAAAUGUACAUUGUGGUUGUCUAUCUAGUUGAAAUUUUCUUGGUGUUGAACUCAGACAUAUACACUGAAGACAUCAUCGGUGACGUUUAAUGCCCCUUGCGUCUGAUUUGGUUGAUUUUUAAUAGCAAUAACUCUUUCUUUAA